UUUUGUGGGAUUCCUUCUCCGUCUCUCAUUGCCUCAUUCGCAUCAUUUUCUAUCAAAACAAACUACCCUCUCUUUUUUUAUGUCCUUUCUCCAUCUUUAAGCUAAUUGGCUACUUAAGCUUCAGUAGUUAAGUUUUUUUAGCAAAAAAUGGGGGAAAGAAGAAUUAAAUCCACCAUUUUUUUGUUGAAUUAGCAGUCACCUGCUCAAACAGUGACGCCCACAAAAGAAAGGGAAGAGGAAACUGAGAACUUAUUGUUGAAGUGAAACUCCUGCCAUGGCUACUAGCAGCAACAACUCCAUAGAUUCAUCACUGUCCAGCCAAAGAUUAGUGGGGAAAGUGGCAUUGGUCACUGGUGGAGCAACCGGCAUUGGUGAGAGCAUUGUGCGUCUAUUUCACAAGCAUGGUGCCAAAGUCUGCAUUGUUGAUGUGCAAGACAACCUUGGCCUCCAAGUUUGUCAAUCCCUCGGCAACGGCCCUAACGUAUGUUUUUUCCAUUGCGACGUGACAAUAGAAGAACAAGUUCGGGCCGCGGUUGACUACGCAGUUGAAAAGUUUGGUACACUCGAUAUCAUGGUCAACAAUGCCGGAUUAUCAGGUCCACCGUAUAACGAUAUCCGCAACUAUGACUUAUCUGAUUUCGAGAAAGUAAUGAAUGUGAAUGUAAAAGGUGUUUUCCUUGGAAUGAAGCAUGCUGCUAGAAUUAUGAUCCCACAUGAAAAGGGUUCAAUCAUUUCAAUCUGUAGUGUUUCAGGUGUCAUCGGUGGCCUAGGACCUCAUGCAUAUACAGGCUCUAAACAUGCUGUUUUAGGCCUUACUAGGAAUGUUGCAUCUGAGUUAGGUAAAUACGGAAUAAGAGUGAAUUGUGUUUCUCCGUAUGCCGUUGCAACCGAAUUGGCCUUUGCUCACUUGCAUGAGGACGAAAGAACCAGCGAUGUACGUACCGGUUUUCGUGCUUUCAUCGGGAAAAACGCGAACCUGAAUGGGGUGGAUUUGACUGUGGAGCAUGUGGCUAAUGCUGUGCUGUUCUUAGCAAGUGAUGAUGCAGGGUAUAUAAGUGGAGACAAUCUUAUGGUUGAUGGUGGGUUUACAUCUUCCAAUCACUCAUUGCGUGUCUUUAGAUGAGGAUUGAUGAAAAUGUGAACCAAAUGAGGCUCAUUAGCUUAGCUGCCUAAGCCACUAGCUUUGGUUCAACUAUUACCAGAUUGUAUCUCCCAUCUAUUUUCUCCUGUCAGUGGUAUGUAAUUUGUGACAAAAAAAAACUUCUAAUAUAAUUUUAAUUAUAUUAAAUAUUUUUAUAAA